AUGCGAGAUGCUCAAGGCCAUGAAAUUCAACAACAUGUUGCAAGAUACUUGAAUGUGGAGGUGCAAGAUGAUGAAGGCAAGUGGGUCACCAUCCGGGAGAAGUUCGCCAUAGCCAAAGUGAACUCUGGGCAAGCUCUGGAGGAGCGGCUGGAGGUUGAGCACAGGAACACCCUGGUCAUGACUGCCCUGGUUUCGUCCAUUGCCAUGUUGGAUGUCUCGGCACUUCCCCCUCAGAUCGAGGAUGUGAUCGAAACGCCAGGGUGGAGCAUACUGCCCUCAGGCCUUCCAGUUCUGGUGGCGCACAGAACCAAAGAGAUCCCCUUCGAGCAGGCAGUGUGGUCGAGCGACGACUGGGAGUGGGUCGCGGUCUUUGUUCGGCGUGAUACCUGGGUUCAAGUUUGCGCCAUGACGACCUAUGACUUUGAGCACUCGCCGAAGGUGAUCACGAACAUCGAGUCUGAGCUAGCUGGGUUCAGGGAUGUGUGUGUGCUUUUCCACGUGGCAGAGCUCAACCGGGAUAUCUUGACGAAUCCCGGGACCCUCUUCGAUGAGCCCAAGGAGUUCGAUGAGCUCUAUGUGCCUGGAGAUGUCGGGGGUGGUCUUGGCGAUGAGCCAAUGGAAGUGCUUGGAGGAGAACGGGACCUUCGAGGACAAGUUCGGCACGCGGAUCUUGAAGACGACGAGUUGGAUGGUGUGGAACUAAGCAUGGAAACCCCCCUCAAGAAAGAUCUCUGUGACAAGCUCGGGGUGAGCAAGAGUGGGCCAAAAGCUCGUGUUCUUCGGCGACUUCGUGAUCACAAGGAGGUGUUGGAGAAGCAGCUCUCCACCGAGGUGGCGAAGCAGAUGUUCCGAGAAGGGGAGAGGAAUCCUGAACAGUUCAGGGUGCCGGUGCUUCCAAGCAAAGAGCAACAAGACCUACAUGCCUUGACACAUCACCCUUUCCAGCCCUGGUGUGAAGCAUGUGUCAUGAGCCGGUCAAGGCAAUCCCCUCACGAGAAGCAAACGGAGGAGAAGGGUGACAUCGUCGAGAACGAGUACAAGGAGCCAAAGCCUCGCAUCCAGAUUGACUAUUGCUACACCUUCACAAAAGAGCGAGGUGAGGUGGAGCCUGAGGAACCGGAGCCACAGGGAGAGCACCAGCAACCUGAUGAAGCCCAGGAAGCCGAGGACUACGGGACCAAUUCGCUUUGA